AUGGAAACUGAUAUUUCGAUGAAGGUUGAUGGUCCAGAUGGUAACUCAGAGAAAAAUCAAUUAAAUGAUGAGAAUUCAAAUAUAUUCCAUGCAAUUGCAGAUGUCUUUCAAAAGGCACAAUCGACUUAUGUGGGUCACAGAAGACAUGUAGCUGUUUUGAAAAAAAUACAGAAAAAGGCUAAUGCCCAGGGACAUGGUGAAGAAUUUAUUUAUUGGUUCAAUAAAUUGGUUUCGAAAGUAUUGCCCUUGAAGAAAAAUAAAGUUAUUGGUGAUAGGAUAAUUAAACUAGUCGCUGCAUUUGUUGCAUCGUUGGACCGUGAUUUAGAGAAUAUUAAACAACAAGAUUCAGAUAAAGCAAUGAAACAAUCUGAUGGUCUCACACAAGAGGCUUUCAAUCAAUUCGUUAACCGUUUUAUUAGACAUAUUUUGAGAGGUGUAGAAAGUAAAGAUAGAAAUGUAAGAUUGAGAUCUUUACAAAUAUUAGCAGUUCUCAUGGAUAAUAUCAGAGAAAUUGACGAGGAGUUAUACGAUUUAAUUAUGUGGUCAUUGAAUAAAAGAGUAUACGAUAAGGAAGCAAAUGUAAGGAUUCAAGCAGUAUUUUGUCUGACUAAAUUCCAAGACGAAUCGAUGAGUAAUAAUAGCAAUGAUAAUAAAAAGAACAAAGAUGAAAUCGUAUUAGAUAACGCUACACACAAAUUAAUGACAAUUAUCCAAAAUGAUCCUUCCGCUGAAGUUCGUCGUGCAUCCCUGCUAAAUCUGGUUAAUAAUAAGCUAACAAGAGCACAUAUAUUGGAGAGAUCUCGUGAUGUUAAUCAAAUCAAUAGAAGAUUGAUAUACUCCAGAGUACUAAAAUCAAUGGGCAUGACUUGUUUUGACGUCGAUACAAGAAUAAUGAAUCAACUUUUAAAAUGGGGUCUUGAGGAUAGAGAAGAAAGUGUAAGAAGUGCAUGUGCAAGACUAAUUUCAUUUGAUUGGUUAAAUUGGUUAAAAGGUGACUUGAUUGAGUUAAUAGAAAGAUUGAAUGUAAUUAAAUCUGAUAUUGCUGAUAAAGUAAUGGAGAUUAUUUUUAAUACAAGACCAGAUAUUAUUUCAAAAGUUAAGUUUCCAGAAGAAAUCUGGACAGAUUUUACAGUAGAAAUAGCAUUUUUAUCUAAAUGUUUCUAUUUGCAUUGCGCCAAUAAUAAUUUAGUAGAUAUAAUUGAACAAAAUUAUCCGGAGGGAACAAAAUUGGCAGAAUACUUGACUUCAUAUUUAAGAAAUAGAUAUGACAUACAAGAAACACAACUUUCAAAAUUGGAAAAAAUGCAUUUAGAUUUUAUUAUUGAACAGCUUCUAGUUAUUGCAACAAAAUAUGAUUAUAGUGAUGAAAUCGGUAGACGUCAUAUGCUAACAGUCAUUAGAAAUAUGUUGUCACUUGUUGAUUUAUCUGAAUCAUUAAUAAAAAUUGGAUUAGAAGUUUUAAAGAUCCUAUCUAUCAAUGAAAGAGACUUUGUAUCGAUGUCAAUUGAAAUAAUUAACGAUAUUCGAGAUGAUGAUAUUGACUUACAAGAGAAGUCUGAACAUAAGGGUAAUCCAAACAAAGAAUAUGAUAGUGAUGAUGAAGAUGAUGAUAACAUUGAAAAUUUUAAAAAUGCUGUUGAAGAUUUAGUCGAUGGUAAAAACUCAGCUAUUGAAGAAGGUAUAAAUGUAAAACAUGCAGAAAGAGAAGCUACUCCAGAAACUAUGAUUCGUUGUUUGACAAGAUCUUGUAAUUUACUACAAUUGGUAGAAAAUCCUUUGGAGCAAAAUGUUCUCAUUACUUCUUUAAUUGAUACAUUAAUAACACCUGCAGUUAGAAACUCUGAUCAAAAGAUUCGAGUAAUAGGUAUAAGGAACUUGGGUCUUUGUUGUCUUUUGGACAGACAACUAGCUGCUGAAAAUAUGUAUAUAUUAGGUAUGUGUGUUUCUAAGGGACAGGAAGAAUUGAAGGAAGUAGCUUUGCAAGCUAUUGUUGAUAUUUUUUCUGUAUUUGGGUUAUCAGUCGUCGAUGGAGAAAAUAUGGUAGAUUCCUUAUCAUUGCAUAAAAUUUUUUACAAAGUUUUAAAGAAUGGUUCAUUACCAAAUUGUCAAGUGAUAGCAGCAGAAGGUCUGUGUAAGUUAUAUCUAGCUGAUAUCUUUACGGAUGACGAUCUUUUUGAAACGUUAGUAUUAUCUUAUUUCACUCCUCAAAAUUCUUCGAACGAACGUUUGAUUCAAGCUUUUGCAUUUUGCAUUCCAGUGUACUGUUAUUCCCAUCCCGCUCAUCAGCAAAGAAUGGGAAGAAUAGCUGCAGAUGUACUGUUGAGGUUGUGCAUUAUCUGGGAUGAUAUUCAAACAAACGAUGACCCUGAAUCCGAAUUGCAAAAAAUGUUGAAACCUAAUAUUUUAUUUCAACAGUUUAUUGAUUGGACAGAUUCAAGAAAGCUGAUUAGUAGUUCAUCUAGGUUCCAUAAUCAGGACCAUUAUAAUGUCCAGCUAGAUUUUUUGCUAGAUGUGUUGAAGGUUUUCCCAAAAUUUGAAAAGAAGGAGAUUAAAAAGCUCCUAUUGAUAAAUGUUAACGCUGUUUAUAUAUCAGUUGAACAGGAUUUGGCUAGACUACAAGAAAUUCUAACUUAUGUUGAGGACAUCAUUGAAAAUGAAACAUUAGACUAUAUGAGCUCCAAUAGUUUAUCUAAAUUUAAAAACACCCUAAUUGAAACCAUUACUACAUUGCGUGAGGAUGGCAAACAAACUGAAGUUGGAUCUAACAGUGAUGAAGAAUUUUCGCAAGUUCUUGAUUCUACAUAUAAUAAGAGUGACAUAGAUUCAAUUGCUGAGGGCGAUAUGGAUGAUGACUCGGCGGUGGACUUAAAGAGCAAAGUGGAGAGUCCAGUUGAUGAAAGUGCUUUGAAGAAGAGAACAAUUGAUGAUGUUGAGAUUGAAAAUGAAUCGAAUAUAGAAGAAAUAUCUUCGACUCUGUUGAAGUCUGAAAAUUUGAAAAAUGUAAGCUUUAUUCUUCCUGAAGACAAUGAGAGUGAUUCAAUGUCAGUAGAUGACAAGCUAUAUAUAGAUGAUUAA